AUUCUCCGCUACCGCGGGGAUAAGCGGCCUUUACGCUAGUUAUUAGUAAACUGCGUUCCUUGGCCUCUCGCCUCCCGUAGUGCGACCGGGAUAUGAUGCCUUCCAUUUCGGGAGUAGCUCAACGCGUGACGCGACAACGCGUGAGAAAGAAAUUAUGCCUGGUUGGGCAAAGUUCCAUACCGACGGGGCUGCCAAGUACCUGUCAUUGAUGGAUAGGUAGUAGCAACACGCAACUUUUAUGUCUACUGCCUCCUUCGUACUUGCCUAUCCAUACUUCAUCCUCAUCUGCUCCUGCCACAACCAUUGACGAUAGCUCGCUCACAAUGACAGCUUCGAUUCUCGGCAAGCGCCAACGAAACACUCUUGAGGUGGAAGUUCCAGUAUUGCCAGCACGCAGUGCGAGUAGGCGCCGGACACAACCGCCGCGCAUUCUUCGAAAAGAGAAUGCGCCGUCUGUAUCGACAACACGUCAACUGCGUUCAAAGACAAAAAGUAGCGGCAACUUUCAACAGGAAAAUAAUGUCAAGGCUAAGGACGUCCCCAUUGAGAAUGAAUGUGUGAGGCACUCAGAGCUGGAGCAUGAAGCGCCAUCUCCUACAAAGACCAAUCCACGUAUCCGUACCUCUAAAUCGGUCAAUGGAAGAUUAUCGACGAAAAGAUGCGCCGAGCCUCAGCCAACCAGUACAGACGAAAAUGCUACACCCGUUGAGUUUAAAACCCCUUCAAAGUCCAGAUAUCGAGACGCCCUUGACUCGCCGCCUAUCACACCAAAGCACCGGGUUCAGGUCGGAGGAAUAUCCUUAACCCCACGUACGCCGCGACUAACAUUCACCCCAACGGCCACACAAACCACACAAACGGUAUAUACCCAAGCUAGACAAUUGUUUGCCCGGGGCGCAAACUCGGGCCGUCUUAUCGGCCGUGAAGCGGAACGGGAAAAGCUACUUUCGUUCAUACAGGAUAGUCUGAAAUCCCGACAUGGUAGCUGUCUAUAUGUUAGUGGUCCUCCAGGAACAGGCAAAAGUGCCAUGGUCAAGGAAGUGUGUGAUGAACUUGACCUUGGGUCUGUGAAGGUCACACAUGUCAAUUGUGCUAGUAUGCGAAGUGCUCGUGAUGUAUACAGCAAGCUCAUCGAAGAUCUUUGCGAUGACCAGCAAAUUUUCAAGAAAAGCGAAUCAGAAAGACUAAAGACCAUGUUCACAUCCGAUAAGAAGCAAGACGAUAUGUUUCUGGUGUCAUUGGACGAAAUAGAUCACCUCCUUACGGCGGAUGCGGGUAUCCUUCAAUCUCUGUUCGAGUGGUCAUUGCACGGCAAAUCCAAGCUCAUGCUUAUCGGAAUCGCUAAUGCACUGGAUUUAACCGACCGUUCAUUGCCACAAUUGAAGGCAAAGAACCUGAAACCUCGUUUACUUCCUUUCUUACCUUACAAUGCCGGUCAGAUCGCCAACGUGGUUACUGAACGACUCCGCUCGUUGCUUCCUUCUGGUCAGUGCGAUGACCCAAAAUUCAUUCCUUUCGUUCAACCGGCAGCUAUACAAUUAUGUUCAAAGAAGGUUGCAUCUCAGACCGGCGAUUUGCGAAAGGCUUUUGAGCUCAUUAAGCGCGCUCUUGAUCUUAUCGAACAAGAGACAUUGCAGAAACUGGAAAAACAAAAUGAGAACCCAGACAGCCCUUCCAAAACUAUACUGGUUGAAAAUAACAACCUUUCAUCUCCCGCAAGAUCAAAAGAUAAUUCUACAACAGCCUAUACAACGCUUACCGCGCCACGGGCCAGCAUUGCUCACGUUGCCCGUAUCACUUCAGCGACGUUUGGACAAGGGACUGUCCAGCGGCUACAGGGCCUUAACCUUCAACAAAAAGCCGCCAUUUGUGCAUUAAUUGCACUCGACCGGAAACGACGUGACGGGGAAGUUCCAGGUACACCCUCGAAGACCAAGAAUUUGGCUCCAACCAUCAAGCAAAUAUUCGAUACAUAUUGUACUUUGUGUCGAGCAGACAAUAUCCUCCAUCCACUUACAGCAACCGAAUUCAGAGAUGUACUCAGUAACUUGGAGACAUUGGGGCUAGUCGGAGAAUAUCAGGGAAAGGGUCGAGGCGGCACUGUGGCCGGAGGCUCAAACAUUAGGCGCUCUCCCUCCAAGUCCAUGAGCGGCCCUAUGACCCCCAGCAGAGCCAUGGACGAACAGGGACUCGUCUGUUUCGUAUCCCAGAGAGAGAUCGAAACCCAGCUUGCUGGCCCAGGAGAGGGCAUCCUCAGACGGUUGCUCACGGGCCAAGGGCUGUGAUAUGUAUAAUGAACUGUACCACACUGACGGAGUCUAUUGGAUAAGUUUUGUCAUCGACCAUUUGUAUAGGUGUUGCGUUCGGCAUUAUCCUGUUUAGCGUUUAUCAUAGCAUUCGGACACAGCUCUGUAUAGUUUAUCUAGAUACGAUCAUAAUGCUAGUGAGAAUAAGACUUGGGUUAUAAAAUGUCAUGAAUCGAGAACACAUCUCUA